AUGCAAACAGCUCAGGUAACAACCAGCCUGCGGCGGUUUUCAGAGGUAACUAUUCAGGCACCUGGGGAAGAUGAGAUGACUCUGAAUUUUGUGCUGAGUGGGAAGAUUUCUGGAGGCAGAAAUGGCCUAGCGUGGCUGGCGUGUGGUCCUCAACUUGAGGUAGUGAACUCUGUGACAGGAGAGCGGCUCUCUGCAUACCGUUUCAGUGGAGUAAAUGAACAGCCUCCCACUGUUCGUGUGGUAAAGGAGUUUUCCUGGCAGAAGAGAACUUGGCUGCUGGUUGGGUUGGAAGAAGCAGAGGGAAGUGUUCUCUGUCUGUAUGACCUCGGAAUAUCAAGAGAGGUUACAUCAGUUGCUCUUCCAGGAAGGGUAACUGCUAUAGAACCCAUAACGAGUCAUGAAGGAGCCAGUACAAGCACUCAGCACCUGCAUCAGAGUCUGCAAUGCCUCUUUGGAGUGGUUGCAGUGGGUACAGAUGUUGGUCAUUUACUUCUAGUUGACCUUUGUUUGGAUGAUUUAUCUUGCAAUCAGAAUGAAAUCAAAGCAUCAGAUCCAGAAGUUGUCGUUAGAAUUCCUGAUGAAGUUUCCCAACAAAGAGAAAUUGUGACAAGGGAAGGGGGAAAUAUCUGUUUUCAAUUACAGAGUCCCUCAGAAACAGGAAUAUCAACCCUCUGCUACAUAAGCAGAAGCAAUCAGCUCGUUGUGGGUUUUUCAGAUGGCUACCUGUCCUUAUGGAAUAUAAAAACUCUGAUGAGAGAGCACCACUCUCAGCUUGGAGGAAGGAUUCCUGUCUAUGCUGUUACUUUUCAAGAGCCUGAGAAUGAUCCUCGGAACUGUUGCUAUUUGUGGGCUGUUCAGUCUACACAAGAAAGUGGAGGUGAUGUUGUGAGUUUACAUCUGUUGCAGUUAGCAUUUAGUGACAGAAAGCGCUUGGCAUCAGGACAAGUUAAGUAUGAGGGUUUGGAAUACUGUGUUGAAAGGUAUAGUUUAGAUCUCACAGGUGGAAUCGUUCCCUUGAGAGGGCCAACUAGCAGCACCAAAUUACUCAGCUGUCAGACUGUAGAAGAAUUUCACAACCAAGUUGAGGAUAGCAUUAAUGAAGUAACAUCUCCUGACACCAGUGUAUCAAUCUUCAGUUGGCAAGUGAACACGCAUAGUCAGGGAAAACCAUCUACUUACUUGGGAGUGUUUGACAUUAAUCGCUGGUAUCAUGCUCAAAUGCCAGAUUCAACAAGGCCAGAAGAAUUCCUCCGUGAUUGCCCCUAUUUUGCAUUGUGGUCACUGGAUACUGUAGUAAACAUGACUGCUCCGGAUCUCAUUUUGGAUAUUCUGGUACAUGAGUGGAGUCUAAGUCAGGGAGUUCCUCUUUCUCAUUCACCACCUGAGCAGUUUUUCAAUCCAAGCAACUACAAUUUUGAUGGUACAUGCUUGCUGAACUCCGGAGUUGUUCAUGUGACUUGCACCGGCUUCCAGAAGGAGACCUUGAAUUUUUUGAAGAAAUCUGGUCCUUCAAUAAGUGAGGCCGUUCAUGAUAGCUACAAUAGGUGUUUGGUAGCUGGCUUGCUGUCUCCAACACUAGUUGAUGUCCAGCAAUCCAGCAUGAGUCAGGAAGAGCAGUUAGAAGCAAUACUGUCAGCUGCUGUCCAGACAGGUUCUUUAGAACUUCUAACUAGGUGCAUUAAACAUUGGAUGUCUGAAGGCCUGCCGAGUUCUUCUGCUAAUUUACAGUUUGUUCUUCAAUGGACAUGGAACAAAGUGAUCUACACAAAAGAUGAAUUUGACCAAACAUGUGUUCCGCUGUUUGAUGGCUCUUGCAACUUCCUUGACCCGCAGACACUACAGUCUCUUCAGCACUGCCAGUUGCUUUUGAGCAACCUUAGCACAGUCUUAAAAUGUUUUCUGACAGAAGCACAGGAGCUUACUGAAAAAGGUUUUAGAGACUUGACAAACAAGAAUGUGGUAACCGGCCUCAUUUCUUUGUAUGCACAAGUGGUCAUCUGGUUCUGUCGAUCCAGACUUCUUCCAGAGUGUUUAGAUGAUGAUAUGCCUUUGUCCACACCUUCCUACAAUUAUCGUCUGAUUCAGAGCUACUAUACUGGUCAUCGACAGAGACUGGGGUGCUUAUCAAGAGGAAAAUGGGAUUCUGACUGCUUGAUGAUUGAUGGAAUGGUUUCCCAGUUAGGAGACAAAGUUGAGAAGUUGUGGCAGAGAGAUGAAGAAGGAAAUGGGAAAUAUCCACCUGCUAGUUUACAUGCACUGCUGGAUCUCUAUUUGCUAGAAAACAUUGAAGAAAGCUACAAGCAUGCAAUUACAAUUUACUUGUUGCUAGAUAUCAUGUAUUGCUUUCCAAAUAAAACAGACGCUUGGAUCAAAUCCUUCUCAGCUGCCUUUGCUAUACCUUGGAGUCAUAUUAAGCUUAUUCAAGGUUUUUGGCUUCUAGAUCACAAUGAUUACAAAAAUUCACUGGCCCUGCUUUUUCAUCCAGCUACGAUGAAAACUGUGUCAUGGCAACAUAAAAGAAUUAUUCAAUCCCUCCUGUGUCAAGGAGAGCAUAGGCAAGCCCUCAGAUACAUGCAGAUGAUGAGGCCAUCAAUGCUAAGCAGUAGUGAAUUGCAGCUUUUCCUCACUGUGUUAUUAUCCAACAGGUGCAUGAUGGAGGUAUGGGGUUUGUUGCAGCAACCUGCCACUACAUUAAGCAGAGAAGAGCUGUUAAAACACACAUUUGAAGUCUGCCAGGAGCUGGGACUAAUGGAAGACUUACUGAAGCUGCCUUUCACAACUGCUGAGCUAGAGUGUUUGGAGAAGUUCUUACAGUCUAAUGCUCAUUUUCAGAAACCUACAUUUCAUUUGGUCCACCAUUUGCAGUGUGCCAACUAUACCCCAGCACUACAGCUGAGUGGGUCAAAGGUUAAUCUUAUGGUAACUAACUUUUUGCUUUAUGUACAAAGACCGGUUGCCACAAAUUCUGUGUUAGAAUAUGGAAAAAUCCUUCCUGGAGUUCAUAGGAAGCUGCCUGGAGAAAGAGCUAAGCCUUCCAAGAAGUGGCCUUACCGUUCACCUUCAUCAGUCUUAAGAGGAGACUCAAGACCAAAGCCACUAUCAACAGUAGCAAAAAAAGAUAGAACAGCGACUACUCUAAUCAGUGGUGUAUUAGCCACAAUUAGAGAAGUAUGGGUAAGAAAUGAGGAGAAAAGCAGUGUCUCACAAUAUGCUAGUCCUAGAGCUGCAAAACCACCAGUCCUAUCACACCCUCUCCCUGAUGCAGAAUUGCCCAAUGCAUUUCUUGGAAGACCAGUUACAAAAUCUUCCCGAAAAGGCUUCAGAUUGCUGGGUUUUCUGGUCUAUUCUGUUCCUUCAUAUUCUGCAGCAAAAGGUGGCAGCUGGCAGUCACCACACAGAGCUUCUACUUCUUUCAUGGCAUCCAGGCCAUUGAAAUCAAAUACGCAUAGCUUCAUCUCACUGAAGAAUUUUUCAGGAGCACCAGAGCUGAAUUUACUACAUACUCCUCUUGUGGUUAAGGCAUCUAAAGAUUUGGCCACAUCUACUCGUCUUUCUGGUUUCUGUGGGUUUAAGCCUCAGUCUAUUCUCAAAUCCAGCCUUUGCACCAUGCCACUAGCAACUCCCUCUGCAUCUCCAGGACAAUCAGUUACUCCUCCUCUACCAGCAAAGAAAACUAGAGUAUCUUUCAGUGAAGAAAACUCAAAUGCAAAACAAACUGAUAGGACCCCUCCUAGAGCUCAAAAGAAGCUUUCUUUAGAGAAGUGGCCUUACCGUUCACCUUCAUCAGUCUUAAGAGGAGACUCAAGACCAAAGCCACUAUCAACAGUAGCAAAAAAAGAUAAUAGAGGAAUUUUGCAUAGAAUAGCAGCUCUCAUCAGUGAUGUAUUUUCCAAAAUUAGAGAAGUAUGGGUUACAAACAGACAUCCAGUUGUUCCUUCUCCAGAGGAAGAAAUAACAGUUUCUAAUAAUCUUCCUGAAGCAGAGGAAAUUAAUGUUAUUGAAGAUAGUGCAGUCAAGGCACAAACCUCAGAACAGCAUGAGACAUCACCACAUAGUGAACCCCAUCCAUCAGGCAGUCUUCAGUACAUCUACGAUGCCGUACAGCAACAGUUUGCAUGUGAUGUGCCUGACGCUGGAGAUGGUAAAUGUGAUGCAGCUGAGGAAGAUGCAGAGCCUUUUAUAUCUCAGAGUAAUUUUACAUCAAUCUUCGAAAGAGAAGAAGGUGAAGCAGAAACGGGAGACCUUUCUAAACCAACUGGUACAAAAACAGAGGAAAAACCUAUGGAGAGUUUAGGAAACACCAAAAAGCAAGAACAUGCUACAAACUCAGUGUCCACUGUCAGUAGUGAUCAGGAAUCUCAAAAUACUGCAGAGUCACUCCCUGAAUCCAUUAAGGUACCCAUUGCUGAGAACUUACUGUAUGUAAUCCAAGACACGAAAAGUAAAGAGUUUAUAUGUGAAGUCACAGAACAGUAUAUUCAUGAAACCAUAGGUGAAAAGGAAACUAGAUUCCAGAACAGAAAAGCACCCUUAACAACUGUACCAGAAGGAGUGGAAGAUGAAACCAAAAGAUGUCAAGUAGAGUGUGUCAUCAGUACUGGUUAA